UACACAUGCCAUGCAUGAUCUAGCUUUCUCUCCCUCAGAUGAAAUAGUUUCGUGGAGCCGAAAGGUUGUCUGGAUUCCAACAGAAACUAAUUUUGGACGGCGAAGCCCUACCGGAUAGCUGACACCAUAUGUGUGCAACCCCGUAGAGAGGUCGUAGGUUCGAUCUUUUGCCUGAGGGGCUGUUCGAGGGCCUCCCGGAGGGCUGUUCGAGUGACCGUCCGAGUUUCUGAGAGUGGCUCCUGAAGGGUUGUCUGAGUGACCGUUUGAAUUUCUGAGAGUGGCUCCUGAAGAGCUGUCCGUGACAUCGUCCGAGGGACUGUCCGACCGCCUUCCGAAGGCCUGUCCGUGGUAUAGAUGACGGAGAACAUCCUCGCAGUUGGGAGGUUGUAAAUCCUACCUGCGGGGAUCUGCAUCGACGAUCUACAUCGACUCUACUUCCGCUGCGCCACGAGUCGAUUAUGGGUCACUCGGAAAGGCAUCAAGGAAGAGCGACGCGUUAAGCUACAGAAUUAUGCUCCCACAGACCCUAUGUUUGGUGCACAACUAACACUUAGGCAGUGGGUUUAUUCAUCGGGCAUUUCCUGCAGAACUUGUCCAAGUUGUUGAUGGUCAGCUUCUGCAAGGUUCCUCUCUUCCUUGCUGCAACCGGGACGGUUGUUUUCUAGCGUCGAUCUUCCAAUUGGGAUUGAUCUGCUCUAGCUACUUGCCUGGCCAGAGGAUGACUAUGAGCGAUGUGGUUGUUACGCUCAAGAAGAUCAAAGUUGAGUACACCAAACUAAUACAAUUGGGAUUCGCAACGUUCAUAAGAAAAAGAAAAAAACAUUACAAAAAAUUCUGAACAUAACCUUAUCUUAUUUUAAUUUGUAGUUAGUGUAAUUAGAAGCAUUUCCCUGCAAAAAUAAAAUAGAAGCAUCAAAUAUGGCCUAAAUAUAUCUGAAUCUUAUUGUGAAUUUAGACGGGAAAUGUAACAGAACGGAGUUGUGUUUCCUACCAAUUUUGUAUCCAGAUUGGAUUUCACAAUAAAUGUGGUAUUUAUAAUUCUCUAAUUAUUGAAGGGAAUAUGACAUACUGAGUUAGUGUGCACCAAAGUUUACCCUUUUUGCAUCCCAUAAUAAAAACAUGUGUUUUUUUUACUUUCACAACAUAGACAUGUUCAAAAAACAGAAUUGCCAUGUGAAAAUUUUAAAUUUAUGUAUAAGCCUCAUAUGUAGGUGCUCUUCCCAAUAUUCUAUCAAGGGAGCAAAAUAUACCUCGAGUUACUAUGGAGUGUCCAUCCUACAUACAUAUGUAAUCUCACAUAUUCAUACGCUCUGUUGUUGUAGUGAUGGAGGAGGUCGUAGUUUUGAUUGUGGGCGCAGGGCUUGCAGGGCUCGCAACUGCAGCAUGCCUUAGCCAAUUCUCCAUCCCCUAUGUCAUCGUUGAGCGUGAGAAUUGCAGCGCAUCACUAUGGCGCAACCGCAUGUAUGACCGGCUGAAGCUACAUCUAGCGAGGGAAUUUUGUGAGUUGCCACACAUGCCGUACCCAGCAGAUACCCCAACAUACAUACCAAAGAACACUUUCAUCAAGUAUGUGGAUGACUACAUUGAGUGUUUCACUAUCCAUCCGAGGUAUCUCACUGUUGUUGAGUCAUCCACAUAUGACUUCAAUGGAAAAUAUUGGUCUAUCAUGGCGCGCGACAUGGCAAAGUGCACAAUAGUUAAUUACAGGGCGAAGUUUCUUGUUGUGGCAAGUGGUGAGAAUAGUGUUGAGAAUAUUCCAGUGGUCCCUGGCCUGGAAAACUUCUCGGGUGUGGCCAUCCACUCAUCAUGUUACAAGUCAGGCAUCGACUACUCCGGGAGGAAUGUGUUGGUCAUCGGAUCUGGUAACUCUGGGAUGGAGAUCGCCUACGACCUUGCUUCUCAUGGUGCCAAUACUUCUAUAGUUAUACGAAGUCCGAUUCAUGUAAUGACAAAGGAAUUAAUCCGACUAGGGAUGACACUUGUCCAUUAUCUUCCACUAAAGAUGAUAGAUGGUCUCCUUUUGAUGAUGGCAAAUUUCGUAUUCGGGGACCUCUCUAGGCAUGGCAUCACAAGACCAGAAAAUGGUCCACUUGUCCUGAAGUCGGAAACUGGUCGAUCCGCAGUGAUUGAUGUUGGCACCAUAGGGUUAAUCAAGAAUGACAAAAUUAAAGCUCAUGGAAGGAUUACUAAGAUCAAAGGAAAAAUAAUUGAAUUUGAAGGUGGGAAGGAAGCCUCCUUUGAUGCCAUUGUGUUUGCAACCGGAUACAAAAGCACAGCAAAUUCAUGGCUCAAGAAUGAUAAGGACAUGCUAAAUAGCGAUGGCUUGCCCAAGAAGGAAUUCCCUAAUCAUUGGAAAGGGGCAAAUGGGCUCUAUUGUGCCGGGUUAGGGAGAAGGGGAUUGGCUGGUAUUGCCAUGGAUGCUAAGAACAUCGCCAAUGACAUUAAACGUAGCAGACUCUAUGUGCAGCUAAAUUAGCAUUUAUAUGUCUUCUUUUUUUUUUUGAAGGGAAGCAUUUAUAUGUCUUCUACUAGGAGAAAAGUGUUGGAUUCCUACAAUUUAUCCAUAAUAGGUUCGAUCAGAUGCUGCAAAAUUUAGUUCAUGUCAGAGUCCUAUAUGAUACUCCCUUCGUUCCUAAAUAUAAGCAUUUUCAGAGAUUUCAAUAUGGACUACAUACGGAGCAAAAUGAGUGAAUCUACACUAUAAAAUAUGUCUAUAUACAUUUGUAUGCAGUCCAUA